AUGGAAGAUUUGAGUGCUUUGGAGAAGACUUUGGUGGGUUCAGUGCUGCCCUGGGACCGAUUUUCGGCUUGGGUCCACGGGGUAUGUGUGGUGACGUUCGAUUUGGAACUGGGACAGGCCAUUGAAAGUGUGUAUCCCGGUCAUGUCCAGUUGUCGGAGCAAGACAAGACCAAUAUUUGCUACCUGGCCUUUCCGGACUCGAAUUCGGGCGUGAUGGGCGAUUCCCAGUUCCAUUUCCGCGUGCGACUUCAUCAGCCGCAACGGACGGGUCAUUUGCAGCCCAAUCGGGUGCAUGCUGAGUUCAAUCGGCGGUGUCCCACGGCCUUGCAGUUCGAUCCAAACUAUCUGUUCGGAUUCGCCUAUUUUCGCCAAGUCAAGGACAGCAGCAUUCGUCGGGGUUAUUACCAGAAAUCCGUGAUUCUCUUGAGCAAACUCCCCUUAGUCACGUUCUUCAAUCAAGCCGUAAGUGUGAUCGCGCGGAAGUUCUACGACCAGGGCCCCGUGGCCUUGGAGGUGGCCUGUCACGAUGUGGACCAGUGGGCCUUUCCCAUGCCCGGUCAUAGCUUCGAGCUCCCUUUGUUGGGUAACCUCUUCCAGGUGCAUUUGCCCUCGCUGUCGACCCGAUCCGUGGAAUCCGGUGGCGAGACUGUCACGUUGUCCCCGCAUUACGGCGACAUGCUGCCCGUGCUCUCGGAGGUGGAUAUAUUCACCUGUCUCUUUCCUGUGAUUGAACACAUCCACAACAUCUGGGAGCUCGUGCUCACGGCCGAACCCUUGGUGGUUAUGGGCUCGACCCCGACCAUGUGCUCGGCCACUGUCCAGUGUUUGACCACCAUCAUUUACCCGUUGAGCUACUGCGCCGAUUAUCGUCCGUUCUACACCAUUCACGACUCGGACUUCAAGGACAUCACGGGUAGUAAUUCGAGUGCACUGCCGAACAUCAUGCUGGGCGUCACCAACCCGUUCUUUGGGAAAGCUCUCUCCCACUGGCCUCAUUUGAUCCGCUUAGGAGAGCAACAAACGAACGGUCAGAUGGGACAGAUCCUAGGCGGGACACGUUCGCCCAAUCAUCGGGCAGCCAAGAUGAAGAGCGUGAGCAAGUUCAAACUGGACUCGAAACCCGGAGUGUUCUCGCAGACCAAGACCCUCUUGGACCGGGACAAGGGCAUUGUCAAGCAAAUCAUCAAAGGCGCGCAAACCAAACGCCCGGCCGAGGUCCAAUCGGCUCUGAUUCGUCGGCAUUUCCUCGAACUCACGCAGACGUUCAUCAUUCCCUUGGAGCGUUACAUAGCUAGUUUGAUGCCGUUGGCCAAGAACAUCUCGCCUUAUCGGGCAGCUCCCAAAGUCAAGCCAUUCAGUCCCGAGGACUUUUUUGCCUCCCUCGACUCCAACGGGCCCCAACUGACGUCGACCAUCAAGGGAGAUUGGGUUGGGUUGUAUCGGAGGUUCUUUAAGAGUCCCAAUUUUGUCGGCUGGUACAAUCAACGACACCGCGAGGUUUCUCACAAGCUUCAGGUGCUCCAUCUGGAAUGUCUGUCCGAAGCCACCAUCGAGCACUGGAUGGCCGACAAGGAAGAGGUUGAACUGGUGGACAUGGUCUUGAGGAUUAGAAAUAAGCUCGAUCAAUCCGAGGAACUGAAUCUGCCCGAUAUCGUGUGCGAACGCUUGAACACGCACGUGAGCAAGAUCGUGAGCACACUCCCUGAUGAUCUCCAGUCCGUGCUCCUGAAAGGCACGGUCACCAUAGCCGCAUCUCAACCGUCCAGUCCCCCGAACGGCUCGUCGACCCAGGAUCAAAGUCCAACCACUUCGGAGGCGUCCACGUCGAUAUCUGAAUCGGCCGAAUCGGAGCCGUCGAAGGCCACGAAGCAAAAGCAAGUCCAUUUAGAAGUUCCCACCACCUCAUAGACAUUUCUAUUUGAAGGGUCUAGGCCCGCACCACCAAACAAUUCUUCAUUCUUCAUUAUUCAUAUUCAUAUAAUGCUUGGCUUGGAUAUUGUAAAUGUGAUAUUGGAGAGGGCACCGUUCAAAUUUUCACCACCACCAAAAUUUUCGGGCCCGAGGGAAAUAAGAACUGCAUAUCGAUACCAGGUGGAUUUUGCGAUGUGCCCGAACCCUCAACCAAACUAUAAAUGUGUAGAACGUACCAUGCUGAUAUUUCUCUCAACAUUGGGUUACGCUAAUGUUCAUGUAUUUAGCGGUCAUUGACUAUAUUCUUAUAUACACAUACACAAGAUGAAUGGAGUUCAACAAUAUAUUCUUCCCUGUACUAACAA